GCCGACGUUCCGGAAAUCUCUCGAUCCGACCUGAUAUUUCCCAGAAGUCAUUGCGCACCGGUGAAUCUCCCAAAAUGUCUGUUGCAACGAAAAGUACACCCCUCUUCGGCGGCUUCCGUAAAUGGUACUACAGUCUGUGCGGAUUUAAUCAGCUUGGCCUGAGGAGGGAUGACACACUGAGGAGUAAUCCCAUCGUGGAGGAGGCAAUCAGACGGCUACCAGAGAACGAGUACAAUGACAGAGUCUUCAGGAUUAAGCGAGCCCUGGACCUCUCCCUCAAGCACUCCAUCCUGCCCAAAGAUCAGUGGACAAAGUUUGAAGAGGAUAGCAGAUAUCUCAAGCCCUUCCUUGAUGAAGUUGAAAAGGAAUUUACAGAGAAGGCAGAAUGGAACAAGCGUUAACGAGACUCCUGAAUUUCCUAUUGUACAAAGCUUCAAAAAAAUAAUAUUGACAAAUGAAUAUCUCUUCUGUGAAUGAUGUUGACAACAAUUAAUCAGGCAUUCAUUAUGUUGUCAACAUUGUUAUUCUUGCAAAUAAUGCAAUAUUUGAAUGUAUUUGCAUGUAUUUUGUGAGAAAUUUAACUCUUACACAUUUUAUCACAGGUGUUUAUGAUAUCAAACCUGUAUAGACACUUUAUUUAACAUUGAGUGACUUUGGUUGCAUAAAUCUAAAUCUCAAAAUGUGAUCUGCUGUUCUACAUUACUUGCAUUUAAACAGCCAUUUAGUCCUUUAAAUUCUCCUACAAUUUCCUUGUCAUCUCAAGACAAGUCCAACUAAAAUCUUACAGAACUUGAUUUUUUUUUUGGUUAGAAAAAGUAGAGUGUUGAUAGUAACAAGUGAAGAUUCUGCAUUUUUAUGCCUAAGCACAAAUCUUCAUUUGUCACUUCUUAAUUACCAAAAUUCAAGAUUUAAAAAGAAUAUUUCCCAAAGUGAACAUGCAAGACAGAUUUCAUGUGAAAUGUCAAAUCUGAAAGUUUAUACUUCUGGGUAAGAUCAUGAAAAAUAUAUCAUGCAGUAUCUGAAAGUCAACUAGAUUGCCUUGAUAUUCAGUUUUAAUAUACUUAUUGGUAUCUUUCCUUUUGAUUUGAUACAUUUUCAUUCCUGCCACUUAUGCACUUUUAAUCACAACACAUAACUCACCAAGUCCUGAUCUGCUGUCUUCUGUGUGAAUGAUAAUAUAUGUUUCUUGAAAUGUUGUAAGAUAUUUGGAAGUGAGAUUGAAUAAAGUUGUUUCUUCUACUCUUCCCAUUUA